CUGGUGGCAACCUUUUGGCUUCUCGUGGGUUUGGAACUCGGCCAGCACACUCAGCCCUGAAAGCCAUUGCAUCAGCCCAUGAGCAGAUGAUUUAAAACCGAAGGAGCAUUGGUCAUGCAUCACAAUAUGUAUUUUCAGUCUUCUGAUUAUUAACAAUACUGCUACUACUGAUAAUGUCAUGAUUACAAAGUCCCUCCUCCGCCGCUGAGACAAACUCCAACCCACCUGGUUUCCAUUUGGGGUCCAAGCCCCUCGGGGAAACACCAGGAGGGAGGAGGAUGGCCACGGCGGGGAUGCCAAGCUCGCCUUCUAAUAACGGGCCCCGCGGCGGUGGUGGGGGGGCGCCAGGGCCCGUGUGACCACGCUGUUUGGGCGACACGUCUGUUUUUCCUACUCAACAGGUGAUCUCAACGACACUGAGGAUAUUGGAUGACAUGGGGUUUUUUUACAACCUGCUGCUGCACUCGUGCAUUUUGAAUAAUGGCAAAUUCUAGACUUUAACAAGAAUGGAGCUUCGGCCUGAGGCGCAAUUAACGAUACGUCCAUCCACACCCUUAAGAUCGGAAAAAUUGAUCUUUUCAACACAGGGCGCAUCUGCAGAAAAUUCUGCCAACAACUCCCGGGCCCUCGGUAGGGAUCAUCUACAUGCUGAGGACUCAUGCUGCUUGCAAUUGGAACUGGAACUCAACAGACUAAAGAACAAUUCUGUUGAUGCUGGCCUUAAUAUGACAGAAACUCUUGAGAAAUUUGUCGUUCAAGAGGAUAAUCAAGACCUGAAUUUACUCAUCUCACCACAGGAGUACUGUGGCCCUAGCCUGGACCCAAAAGGAGAGGAUCUUUCAUGUUGCUCCCAGUUAGAAGUGGUUCCGAAAGAACGAAAGGACAGUUCUUUUGGUGCUGGCCUUGGUAUUGAUCAUCUUGCAGAGGAUUUACUUGGACAAAGAAAUGCACCAAAAGACCAGAGUUUACUGAGCUCCCCAAAGGAUUCCUUUGUUCCACAACCUGUCCAGGAAGUAAAAGGGGAAGAUCUUCCUGAGGUGUCAUGCUGCUACCAAUUUGGACCAGGACAAAACAGACAAAAGGGCAUUUCUGUUUGGGAUGGUCUUGAUAAAGCAGAUCUUGUUGAGGGUUUGUUUUCUCAAGGUCUUCAGAUCUCACCUCAUAACCGAUGUAGUCCAUAUCAUGUCUCAGACCAGAGAUUGGAUGAUCAUCUUCAAGGGGGUCGAGUCUUCUCUCAAACGGAAGUGGUACCUGAACUGCUAAAAGACACAUCUGUUUGUAUUUGCCUUAAUAAUCCAGAUGUUGUAGUGGAUACAUGCUUAAGAGAAGUGUCUGUAGUGCUUGGAGAUGAGUCUCCCGUUCUUGGUUUUCUAAGCUUACCUCAUGCUCGGUGUGGUCCAUGCCGUGUCCAGGACCCCAGAGCGACUGAUCAUCUUCCUGGACCUCACUGCUGCUCACAGUUGGAACCAGGCUAUGGACUUAAGGAUAGAUCAGUCUGUGUCUACCUCAGCGACUUUGUAGAGCCUCAAGGUCAAGUGUCUGUUGUACUUCAAGAGUUUGAGCCUCAGAAUUGUUCCGUUGGCACAGUGGAACUGAACUGUGAGGAUGGAAAUGUAGAGUUGAAGACUCUCUCAAAUGGCCACGUCAGUCAAACUUCAGAGGAUGGUCUCAUAAUCUCCUCACCCACACCUAAUUCCCGCCAAGAAUCUGUCGAACUGCCCCGCAUCAUCAAACACAAGCAGAGUUCCAUCACAUUCUUGGACUAUGCCAAGUGUCGCACCUGCGUCAAAAGCAGCUCGGACCACGGUGAGUCCUCAGGGGACGAUGUAUUCUAUGAUCAAGCCGACGAGGAGGAUGACGUGUUCCUGGAGCUGCCGCCCGGCAGAGAGCUCCGGGCCAAUCGCGGUCUCCGUAAGGACAGCGGCAAGAAGCGGAGCUACUGCAUAAACGGCCCCACGGGAAGCGACAUUUGUGGUUAUGAAGCGGAGGCAGAAAGCAGCAGUAAGGAGGUGUCCCUGCAGCUCAAGGCUCCAUGGUCCGAGUCCAUGAGCCAGCUGUUGAGGAAGCUGGAUGAGCUCAAUCUGGACAUCGAGGAGGCCCUGAGCGCAGGCUCCUCGCCCUCCGACACGCCCUGCACCGCCCGCAAGAGCCAGGUGAGACCCGGAAAGUGCCCCGCUUCCAACCGAAGUCUGAAUGGGCGAGGUCAGCGCAGCGAAUGGUCGAGCCAAAGCGGGUCUUGUGUUCCUCGUGGCGCCUCCAUUGGGACGAGAACGAGAAGCAAGAAGGCGGUCUACAACAAGAUGGCAAGUGACGCGGGAGCAGAAGUCGAGGCGAAGGAGGCGUGCGACUGGCUGCGGGCCGCCGGAUUUCCCCAGUACGCUCAGCUCUUUGAAGACUCCCAGUUCCCCAUCGACAUCAGCCCUGUCAAACGAGACCAUGACUUUCUGGACAAAGAUCUCGUUGAGCCUCUUUGCAGGCGACUCAACACUUUGAAUAAGUGCGCCUCGUUAAAACUUGACGUGAACCUCCCAAAGAAAAAAAGCGAAGACUCUGAUGAGGAAGACCUGUUUGCCAUCAGUGAUAAGUGGACUUUUGAAUGGAGCAGCCGGCGCUGGUCCAGGUUGCAGGACAUCGACGGCCUUCUGGGAAACCAAACAUCGGAGCCGUCCGCUGGUGACAACGGGCCUCUAAGAACAACAACCAGCAGCGAAAGCGUUUUAACAGACCUCAGUGAGCCGGAAGUAUCGUCGGUACAUAGCGAGAGCAGCGGGGGCAGCGGUCCGCGGGGCCUCAGCGCCGAGGACUCUGACUGCUCUACACGUACCUGCUCGGAUUCCGUAGCCAUGCCGGACUCGACGCUUCUUACAAUGUCUCACAUCGCAAAAGACAUCAGCCAUUACGGCUCGCUGCGUCACAAGCACGGAAAGACAAGUCGGACCCGUGCCAAAGACUUCCUGAAACGCAUGGAGACAUUACGCUCUCGGGGAGCGCUCGGGAGGGGUCGCAAGAACUUGGUCAUUAGUUCUCCUGUGCUGCAGCAGGAGGCCCACGCCCUCAAGACGCUGCCGUGUGCAGAGAUCCUAAACGGAGACGGCAGGCCUCCAGAGCCGCCGUCCCACAAAGUUCUGUCUCAGUCCGGCAGCGAAGGUAGCAGCCAUUACGGCGGAAGUGCUGGGAGCACACCGAGCCUUAAAGAGCGGAAGCCGUGCCGGGCCGACCACAAGCGCAGUGGCAUGUAUUUAGAAGACGUCGACAUAUUCUCAGGCAACCAAGUUGCAGAACAAAAUCGCAGAAAUGAAUUCUGCUCCUACGAGGACCUGGUGGUCCAUAUUCCCAAUGACCACAAGCCAGGAACCUUCCCCAAAGCACUGUCAAUAGAAAGUCUUUCGCCAACCAACGGAGGCUCAAUAAACUGGCACAGGGGCAGCAUGCACCUGGACUCCUCGCUCAUUUCUUGCCGGCAGGAAGCCAGGCCCGUCACACAGUGCUGUUCCCGAGGAAGCCGCAUAAGCGUUUAUGACAAUGUUCCUGGCUCUCAUCUCUACGCUAGCACCGGGGACCUUAUAGAUCUGGAGAAAGAAGACCUGUUUCCACACCUGGAUGACAUUUUGAUGCAUGUCAGCGGUCUGCAGCAGAUAGUAGACCAUUGGUCCAAAAAUAUACUCCCCGGUGGGGAAGGGUUGCCAAAGGUGGAAGGAGCAAGGGAAGAGGCAAGUCAGAUCACGCUAGACUUCGAGGCAGAUUCUGUGGUGGAGAGCCAGACUACGCCGAGCGCUGGAGAUGGAGUGUCUCUUUCCGACAUUGAAGCGACGAGGCUCAGGGAAAGGAGGGACUCGGGAGUAGGGGCUUCACUUACAAGACCCAAUCGGUUACGAUGGCCCAGUUUUCAGAUAUCCAAUCGUCUCAGCCUCUCGGUGGCGUCUCUGCAGAUAACCAACCAGUCCGCAGGCCAGCUGAGUUUGCUCCAAAAAUUCUCUCUGCUGCGUCUCACUGCCAUCAUGGAAAAGUAUUCCUUGUCAAACAAGCACGGCUGGACCUGGGCAGUCCCAAAGUUUAUGAAGAGAAUGAAGGUGCCGGACUACAAGGAUAAGAAUGUGUUCGGCGUACCUCUGAUAGUGCAGGUGCAGCGUUCUGGACAACCACUGCCCCCCGGCUUGCAGCAGGCCCUGCGGUACCUGAGGAGCCAGUGUCUUGACCAGGUGGGACUCUUUCGUAAAUCAGGGGUAAAGUCCAGAAUUCAAGCUUUGAGGCAGUUGAACGAGAGCUCCCCGGACAAUGUGAACUACGACGACCAGUCCGCUUAUGACGUGGCAGACAUGGUGAAGCAGUUUUUCAGGGAUCUACCUGAGCCGCUGCUCACCAGCAAGUUGGGGGAAACCUUCCUCCAUAUCUACCAAUAUGUGCCAAAGGACCAAAGACUGCAGGCUGUCCAGGCCGCCAUCAUGUUGAUGUCAGACGAAAACCGAGAGGUGCUGCAGACGCUGCUUUGUUUCCUGAGCGACGUCACGUCCUCGGUGGAGGAAAACCAGAUGACGCCCAUGAACAUUGCAGUGUGCCUGGCACCCUCCCUUUUCCAUCUCAACAUCCUCAAGAAAGACAAUCUUUCCCCAAGGGCCAUGCAGAAGAAGUAUGCUAGUGGCAGGCCAGACCAGAAGGACCUGAAUGAGAACUUGGCCGCGACACAGGGUCUCGCUCACAUGAUCACGGAGUGCAAUCGUCUCUUCGAGAUACCGCACGAAAUGGUUACGCAGUCGCGCAAUUCCUACGUGGAGGCUGACCUGCACGCUCCGACGUUUGAGGAGCUCUUCAAACAGCUGGAGGAUGACAACGGAACCCAUGACAACCACAUGGACGGCAGGCUGGAAAACUUGCUCAAGGAGGCCCGGGAAAAAUCCAAAUACUGGGUGUCCUGCAGCAGCUCCGAUAGCACAGAGCUGUCCUACAAAAAGAUGGGUGAUGGGAAUCCGCUGAGACGCUGGAGGGUGUCCGUAGAGGUGGAGGCGCCGCCGUCGGUCGUGUUGAACCGCGUGCUGCGAGAGCGCCACCUGUGGGAUGUUGAUUUGCUGCAGUGGAAAGUGUGCGAGACGUUGGACAAGCAGACCGAGGUCUUUCAGUACGUCCUGAAUCGGAUGCCGCCCCACCCCAGUCGAGACUUUGUGGUUCUAAGGUCAUGGAGGACAGACUUGCCCAAAGGCGCCUGUUCCUUGGUUUCUGUCUCAAUCGAGCACGAGGAUUGUCCUCCCGUCGGCGCGGUACGAGCGAUUGUCCUCGAGUCCAAUUACCUGCUCGAGCCCUGCGGCUCGGGGAAGUCCAGGCUGACUCACAUUUGCAGAGUGGAUUUGAAGGGAAGGACUCCGGAAUGGUACAACAAAGCCUUCGGCCACAUCUGCGCCGCAGAAGCUGCUCGCAUCCGCAACUCUUUUCAGCCGCUCAUCGCAGAUGGUCCAGAGACCAAAAUCUGAAACCUUUGGAGCCUUUUCGGUCAUCGUGAAGUCAAAGAGCAACGUUAAGCCGCCCCCCCCCCCCCCGCCCCCCCUUACGCUCCCCCGAAACUAAGGCACGGUGGAAUCUGUUCUGUUUUAUAUUCUAAUGUUGAGCUCCUCUGUAUUUGCACAAUAACAAAAUGAGGACAUCUUAUAGGUGUUGAGCGUAUUUACUUGUUGGGAAUUUAAUCAUCCUGCCAAAAGUCUCGAACUUUAUUUACUUUUGAUAUCAGAAAAAAACUCCAUAGUAUAAUGUUCCGUAUAUAUAAUAAUGCAUUACCGUUGUAAUAUACAAUGUCUAGGACAUUCCAGCUCUUUUACGCUUCUGGGAAGCAUGUACAUCUUAAUCAUUUUAAGAUUUAAAGCUAUAACUAUAAUUGUGUAUAUAAAUGUGUGAAUAUACUGUACAUGCAAACGACGUGUAUAUAUUGGACAUUUGUAAAGUGAUUAAUGCUCCGGUCAUUUCAUACAGAAUGAUUUAUCCUUAAAUGUAAACUGGUUUUACUUCAGUAUUGGAAUUCAUCUUAUUUGUUUUUGUUCAACUUUGACCUCGCGUGGUCGCGAAUGACACAAGGUUUGACGUGGUCAGACCCGCUCGUAGGGUACCCGAUGUGCCAGUGGCAAUAAAGGACGUACAUUUCUUUUUUUGUUUUUUUUUUUCAAAUAAAAC